AUGUGGUUCCAAUUUCUCAACUUUUUCAAUUUAUUUGCACUACUAUUAAUCUUAAUUUACUAUCUCCGCAACUUGGCACGCACACCAAAAGAAGAAUUCGAAUUCGAACUCUCUCCGUUGCUCUGUGAAGAACUCGUUGAAGAAAUCUUGUCAAGGCUUCCGGUGAAAUCUCUGGUGCGAUUCAGUUGUGUGUCCAAAUCAUGGGAAUAUCUCAUCUCUGAUUCUCGUUUCAUAAAACUGCACUUUGAUCGUUCAUCUUCUACAGUUAAUGCUGAUUUUGCCCAUGCCCGUUUCAUCACUUUAUGUGACGUCCAUGAUUAUCAUCGAUCAUAUGUCUCAUCUCGCUCUAUCACUUCAAUAUUGGAAAAUCACCACUCAACCCCGAGUUGUCUCGUUGGCUCCAGUUUCACUGGAGCAUGCAACGGCUUGAUUUCUUUGAAAUAUGAAACUGCAAAUGGGUCCCUGGUCUGUUUCUGGAACCCAGCUACAAGGUCAAUUUCUCAACUUUCGCCAGGUCUAAUAUGCCAUGGUUAUUUUGGGUUUGGUUAUGAUUCUUUAAGUGAUACCUUCAAGGUGGUGAAUGUCAACCCACAAGAGACUAUGAUGUAUAUUUACAACAUGGGUGAUAAAUGUUGGAGGACAAUUCAAGUCUCCCCUCUUCCUCGUAUGCGUUUUGUACAACCUGCCGUUUAUGUCAGAAACACUAUUAAUUGGUUAUCAAGCCAACCAAUGGAUAUUAAUCCGUUCAAAAUUGCUUCCUUCGAUUUGGGGAAACAAAAGUUUGCGCAAUUGUCAUUGCCUUUCUGUCCCGGAGAUCUCGACCAAUUCCAUUUUUUGCCAACUCCUGGGGUUUUAAGAGGUUGCCUAUGUAUUUCUGAAAAUAACUACGCAACAAAUAAUUUUGCGGUUUGGCAAAUGAAAGAGUUUGGAGUACAUGAAUCUUGGACUCAGUUGUUUAGCAUUAGUGGCUCUGAAAGUUUAAUUCAGAUGCCUUGUUCUGCAAUGUCCAUAUCUGAUAAUGGUGAUGCCCUGUUGUUGUCGGUUUCUGCUGCAUUCCAAGGAACUAUCUAUACCUUUCGAGAUAAUAAAUUACAAGGCAUGAAAAUUGCUAAAGAAAUCGGUGGUUGCUAUACCGAGAAUUACAUUGAAAGUUUGGUUUCACCUUGUUGA